GCUAGAAGGGCGCUGUCAGCUGCUCCAGGAGGCUCCUCCCGGGAGUAGCUUCCCCCGGGGAGCGGGUGGGGUGUUUACCCCAACCCGUCGGUUGGCAGCGCGGGCCCUGGGCAUUCUCCCGGUGCCUCCGAUGUCUCGCCCCUGCCAUUUGCACAAGCCUGUAGCGCCGCCCACCACCGCCUGGGACCCCACCUCUGCACGCCGCCGCUGGGUUCCGACCCUUUUCCCGCCGGCCCUCUCCGCCUGAUCCCCCAUUACCGGCGUCGUCUCUGCGCGCCCGCUUCUCUCGCGACCCCCUUCGCACCGCUAGGUGUGAAGACAACCCAUCCACCCACCGACGCUUGUUAUGGGGAAUCCCCACCCCUCAAGCGCCCCUUCCCUGGAGUCUGGCAGAGCCCGCGGCGGAGACGAGGAGGACCGCGCUAGGGAGCUGUUGGAAACUGUGGACAUUUUCUCAUGCCCCACGAUGCUGGCUUUCAGAAUCCACAAGUGGGAAAGGACGUUAGAGCUCAUCGAAUCCAACCCGUCUGUGAUAAAUUGAGGAGACAGAGGGCGGUUGGACCUGUCCUGGACAGGUGCUCGUCUGACUUUUCCUUGAAUGCACUUAGUGACAGUGUGCUGGCACUCUGGGUCCUGGUGACGCACGUGAUGUACAUGCAGGAUUACUGGAGGACCUGGCUCAAGGGGCUGCGUGGCUUCUUCCUCGUGGGCGUCCUCUUCUCAGCCAUCUCCAUCGCCGCCUUCUGCACCUUCCUAGCACUGGCCAUCACCCGGCACCAGAGUCUGAAGGACCCCAGCAGCUACUACCUCUCCUGCGUCUGGAGCUUCAUCUCCUUCAAGUGGGCCUUCCUGCUCAGCCUCUAUGCCCACCGCUACCGGGCUGACUUUGCCGACAUCAGCAUCCUCAGCGAUUUCUGACUCAGGGGUGAGGUCUCUGCACCCUGGGGUUCCUCAGGACCUGGACUCUGCCUCUGAGACAUUGGGUGGGGCUGCCCCCACCCCCUGGGAACCCCAGAACCGUGGCAGAGAGCACACAGCAAGGGGAGCGUGGUCUCCCAAGAAGCUGUCCUCUCCCACUUUGGGGAAAAACCUGGGUGCAAUGGAAAGGGGGUGUCCUGACAUGUUGCUCCUUGUCCGCCCGACUGGAGAGCAGCCUUAGACCUUUAGAACGGAUCUAUUUUCUUAGCUCUCGGUAAGGAAUCUUUCUUUGCAGGCAGGGUCAGGGUAAUGCCACAGGGUACGGCUACGAGGCCUUGACCUGUGCUUGGUCGCAGAGCACAGGGGACAGGGGGUUUGGUCCCUGCUGCCCCAGACACUCUCCCUGAGGCCAGGGCGGGAACCAGGUCUGGUCAAGUAAGAUAUCUCUAGUAGAGACCUCUCAGCACCUCCCCCCAGCACCUCCAACCUGUUAUCCCCCAGGGUCAGGCAGCUUGUCAGUCCCAGGGAUGACAAACUAUGACUCUUUCCCCAAGGCUGGGGGAAGGUGAGGGGAGAGCUCAGUGUCCCUCCUCCCACCCUGUUCCACCCAGAGCUGGUCUCCCGUGUGUGUGCGAGAGCCAGACAGGCCACUCCUUCCUCCCUCCAUUUCUCACACCAUGCACCCCAGAACAGGACUCCCCAAAUGAGGCCCGGCUAAAAGUCACGGGGAAUGUGCUUCUGCCCCCAGAACGGCUGUGGGGAAGGGGGCAGCAUGGCGUAGGCUGGAAGGACCCUGCAGUCUGUACCCUUGCACCUACAGCCUUAUGUUUCCACCCUGCCUUCUCACACCUGCCCCCCGUUGUGCCCAGACCCCCUCUCCGGCCAUAAGACACUGUCUCCCCUUCUCCAGCCCCUGCUCGCUGCCCUUCACCUAGAGCUUUUAUCUUUUUUAUCUCCCUUAUGAAGGACAAGAUCUGCUUUCUUGCCCAAGGGCUCACCUCUCUCGGGGAGGGAAGGGGCUGCUGUUAAAUAUAACUUUUUAGGUUAUGUUACCAUUUUGCACGGGCUCCCCCUUUCCCAUCUGAUGUGUCCUGUCCCUCAGCUCUUUGCCUUACCUAUGUCACUGUCACUUUAGCAGAAAUACAGCGGCCAUUUGUACCACACAGCCUCUGUUUUUUUUUUUUUGUUUUUUGUUUUUCUUGUGCGGUGGGAAUCUCAGAACAGGGGGCCUGUGGAAGCCAGGGGUGCUGGUGGUGGGUUCUCUAACUGUGUGAUUAAACUGUUUCCUUAGCCCAGACUUCCAGAGGGCAGGGGAGGGAGCCCAUGUCUUGGGGGCUGGAGGCCCUCUUCCCCUUCCCUUGGCUUGGCAGAGCCCACCAACUCAGUUUCCUUAUCCAGCUCUCAGCCCACCGCCAGCCAGGGCAAGAGUGGCCAUGGCCACAGCCUCAGCCACCCCUGAGGGGUUUAGUGUCUGGGGCAGACGAGAAAGGGACAAGCACCGGACCAGGGUGAGGCAAUGAGGCCACUCCUCUUCCUGGCAGGAAAGUCUGGCAGACUCAGAACUGACAAGGCAGGUGCUGGCAGCCCCUCCUCUUCGCUCAUACUGGAUGAGCUUGUGCAGGCCUGCUGCCUCCCCCUUUCUCUCUUCCAGGCUCAGUAUAUGCUUAAAAAGUCAUGGUGCAUUAGAGCAGGAAGGAACCACAAAGUGUCUAUUUCUGGAGGCUUUCACUGAUAAACAGAGGCCCCAGGAGGCAGUGCGACUUACCUGAGCUCCCAGUCGGGACUUAAACCCAGGUCUGUCUGCUUCCUGACUCUUGGGGAUGCCUUAGGGAGCCGGGUCCGAGCAACUGUAUCUGGUGCCCCCAACCUGGGCUGAGCCCUCUGAGCUGGCCCUGUCUGUGGACUCAGCCCAGAGCUGCCUCCUCUUUAUUACCCUGAGGUGAGGAGGCAGGUGGGGGCAGCUCAGGUGGGUUUAGAUUGGAUUCUUCCUCCAGGGCAGCUGCCAAGGAAGGGCAAGGAGGGGUCUACUCCCCGCCCCAGCCCCACCUUGGCCCUCUCCCCUCUGCAGGGAUCCCACUCACACUGCCGUGCGGCUGUCUACUGUGGGCACACCCACCCCGUGGUGCACCUCUCCCGAGGCCCUUGGCGCACACGCUUUUAAAGCAAAUAAAACAUUUAUUGUUCCGA